CUUUUUUGGCCUUUUUUCUGGCCAAGCAGUCAGUAGCAGAGUUGACAGGGUCUCAGAGGAGCCUGAGUGUUGAAAUAGCUGAUCUCCGUGCUGCAGCAGCCAACAUGAGCAGUAUCAAUGAAGCUCUUGCAGUGGAGAAAGUGCAGCUGAACAACCUUGUGCUGCAGCUGGAGCAAGAGAAUGAGGUUGUGUCAGAGAAAGUGGCCGAGCUGGAGAGAGCAAGAGUCUGUGAGCAGGAGCAGCUGAGCUGGUGUGAAAGAACCAAGGCAGAGCUCUGUGCAGAGAAAGCCCAGCUGGAGCAGCUGCUGCAGGAAGCAGAGGAGCAGCAGGAGGGGCUGCGGGUGCAGCUGAGGAGACUGGCAGAGGAGAAGGAAGAAACCCAAGAGCAGCUCAGUGAGGUGUCCCGGCAGCAAGAGUCGGCCAGCACUGGUCUGGAGCAGUUGCGCCAGGAGUCCUCUCGCCAAGGGCUCGCACUGGCCAAGGUGUGUGAAGAGAAGGAGGUGCUGGUGCAGGAGAAGGCUGCCCUGGAGCUGCGCCUGGCAGCCGUGGAGCGGGACAGACAAGGCCUUUCCGAGCAGCUGGCAGAGGCCAGGCCGGUGAAGGAGACCCUGGAGCGCAGCCUGUUUGAGGCUCAGCAGCGCGUAUCUCAGCUGGAGUUCGCCCGGAGUCAGCUGGAGAUGCGACUUCACAUCGUCACUCAGGCCAAGGAGGUGAUACAAGGGGAAGUGAAGUGUCUUCAACGUGAGCUGGAAGCAGAGAGAUCUCUCCUGAGGCAGGAACGGGAGAACGCGGCACAACAGCUCUUGCGGAGAGAACAGCAGCAUGACGAUACCCUCAGACUUCGGCAGAGCGAUCAUGAAGCAGAAAUACAGAGGCUUCUGCAAGACCUGGCACGCGCGCGGGAAGGGCACCAGUCAGAGCUGCAGGAGCUGCUGGAGCGAUGGCAACAGGAGAAGGCAGAGACAGAGAGGGAGCACGAGAAGCAGCUGUUGCACAUGGAGCAGAAAGUUGCUGCCGUGCAAGCUCAACAACAAGAGGAACAAACCAGACGUGAAAAUGCUGAGCGAGAGGUAAAGGCUGAGAAGGGAGAAUUGUGUGUUUUUGCGAGGCUGGAGCUGUGGGAGAUGGCUGGGGCUGGGGCUGUGUGGAGCAUCCCUACGUGUUUCCUGCACUGAAUUUGGGAGGUGAAA